AGCGAUGCCAAUGGACGAAACAAAAAUGACUUUUGUGGCAGCAAAAGCAAACAGAUAGGUUAACCACAGAAGGUUAACUUCAAUGAUCAAUCUCAAGUUUAUGAUUACUUAAUUUUGCUUUAUCAAGUAUACCUGCUGAUAUAUUAUGGGGUUUACAAUGUUUCAAAAACUAUUUCCGAGUCAACUUUGCCUCAAAGGCUUGACUGGAACCAGGAGUUAUAGCAGUGAUCCCAGCAAUUUAUCAGCCUCACAUCAAGUGACUGGCAUGGAAAAACGACUCCUUGUUUGGGCAGGCAAAUACAAGACAAUUGAGGAAGUACCAGCUUUCGUGAGUCAUUCUCUGAUCCAAACAGUGAGAAAUCGCAUGAGGAUUCGAAUUGCCAAUUACAUGAUGGCAGGUACUGCAAUCGGCUGCCUCCUUAUGGUUUAUCUUGGCAAGCAAGAUGCAAAGGAGGGCAAAAGUCUUCAAAGGCAAAACAUUGAAUGGCACAGACAAAUCAAGGAACAACACGAGAAGGAUAAAGCCUCAGAGUUGGCAAAGUAAGGUAUCCUAUUUACCUAAUUAGAAAGAAGUGUAUAAAGCAAUGUGUCUCAAAUAUAUUACAAUUAAAUUGACGCUUAUAAUAUGGAUAUAUCUAGCCAAAUAAAUUAGAAGUUUUAUCUUU